AUGGCAUCCAACACCGAAGUCCUCGUGCACGUUGAAGCUCCCAGCGCGGUGAGUGACGAUGCUCGAUAUCGCGCUCUUGUCGCUGGUGGAAUCGACGUGGAGGUCAGUGUGGACAAGACGCGUUCGUUCGUGUCAGUGUCCUCGUCAUCGAGUGGUCAGCCAUCAUUUUUUGCUCAACACCAUGAGACAGGAAAGGUCAACUCUGGCGACGAGUUAAUCAGUAUAUUGACGUCGGAUGAGUUUGAGAAUCAGGGAUCUCCUCGGCAUAUUGAGGUUCGACCUCGCUCGCCAGGGGUAACAGUGCAAGACGUCGGCCUGCCUCUUCCUCCCGAGUCGAGUGAAGAAAGUGAACUGUCCUUCCAACCUCUGAUUCCACUCACGUCCCCAACCGGCACCGGAGACACGCCUCAGUCGGAAAACCCAAAAUCUAUCCAUGUCAGCAAUGAAGACCUUGGAGCGGAGCCAUGGGAACCCCCAUUAGAAGUGAUUCCAGAUUCACAAAACGAACAAGCAUAUCAAACAGCUCUAGAUGAUUCUGUCCAGGUUGAUCGCUCGUUUGUUCCUGAUUCAGCACGGCAAUCUAGGAGGUUCACGCUCGACAAGACAGAAGAUCCAGAGAACGAUAUAACGCGAAUACCUUCAUCAGUGCCCAGUCCAAGUCCUAGAGAGUCAUCUGCUGCUCAGAGGAACCAUUCAGUGGUGGAUGGUCGAUCUGAUUCUCACCUCAAAGAAAAGUCAUUAAAUCUACAACCGGUACCGAAUCCAAUCGUUUCUACAAGCGUUCUCGGAAAAAGAAAAGCACCCACCUACAACGACAACCCUCGAACCUCUAACUCGACAGACCCCAAAGCGCAAUCAUCGUCAAACCUACCCUCCCAAAAGCGUCCAACACUACCCCAGACCACCGAAACAAUAUCCCUAUCCAACCUCCCCAUCGAAAUCCGCACUCCAGAUCCACCAGUCUCCAACGAGAAAUUCCGCACCCAUAUCACUCCCACACUCAAAUCCCUAGCAGAGCGCAUGAAACAGUCAUCUCGAUUUACCCCCAAAUCACAAAUCAGGGACUUACGUCCUUUGGAAAGAGGGUAUUGGUUCAUUCCGCAAAUAACCAUAAUACCAGACAACCUUCACUCAGGAAAAACGAACGCAGAGACGUGGACGCAAACAUUCUUCUCCCAAUUCUGGUGUUUUCUUCGCGAUUUAUUUACCGAGGGUCGCGCCGGGUGGGGUAUAUGGUGUCUUCUCGAGGAGUCCUCCCCAGCUUCUACCACUACCUCUACUACGAAAGAAGGCAAAACCGUGAAUCUGAAAUUAUAUACAUGGGGCGAAGUAGCGCCUCAUUUAUAUUUGUUACUUUUCCUCGCGACAGAGAGACGAAUCAAGAAGAUGAGUGAUGUUGAGUGGAGGGAUGCGAGGGAUGAGGGUGUUAUUGUUAUGUGAUUUCAUGAUAUACACGACAUAAGUUGUGAUGAUGUACGAGGAUGCGUUAUGAUAUAAUACUAGCUUAAUACACCAAUAUCAUUCAACUAUUCAUAG